AAUACUAGUUGGUGUAGCCGUGUUUUUAAAAGAUCAACUGAAAAGAUUAUUGAUUGUCGCUAAAACGUGAGAACCGAAGUACUGCAUUAUUGCAAUGUAUUGGAUCUCAGUGAUCCUGUUCCUUAUGUGCUCGAAACAUGUGCAAGGUUUUGCCAUUCUCGAGAUAGUGUCAUGCAUUUCAAACUGGUUUGAUGGAGUACCAUUAAGUUUGACGUGUGUUCACAAAUCAGGACAAAUUGACAGUAUAGCCAGUAUUGGAACCACAAAACCUAUGGUGCAGUGUAAUUCACGUUUUGGUAACUGUUUUACAAAUGAUAUUCAACGCUAUGGUGUUGUGGGAGUUCCUUCAGUAUCUAUGACUAUGCUGAUUCACAGUUUUAAGAAAGGCAGAGAUGAUACAACAUGGACAUGCCUAGAUGGCACUCCUACAUCAUCACCAGUUACUUGUCAUAUUGCUUUAUCAGAGAAGUAUGUUGUAAAAGAUGAACAUUUGACCAAACUAGAGAGGAUUACUUUUCCAUUCAUAGUGUCUGUGACUGGCAACUGUACUUACCUAUUACCAAACUGUACCUGGAAAUACAAGAUACAGGGCGAGUCUGAAGAAAGAGUACCGGAUGAUCUAACGGACAUCACCAACACUAGUGCAUCUUGUAAUUCAGGAGACCAACAAGCAACUUGCACCUUGAAGUUUAACUCGACCUCUGUGCCAGCAGAGUUUGCUGGAAAAAAUGUGUCUCUACGUGUGUCGAUUACCCAUGCAUCGUUGAUUGGAAACUCAACUCCAAUAGAAAUCAUCAACUCAGGAGUGAUUUUCCCAGCUGUUCCAGAUGAACCAGAACGCAUGUCGGCCUUAAGUGCAGGUGCUAUAUCGGGAAUUGUGAUCGCUGUUGUUCUGGCUCUUGCUAUUCCUACUGUGUGGAUACUUUAUAAGAGGAAAAUAAAGAAGAAAGCUGAAAAUGUGCAGAACGAAUCUAAUAACUAACGGAAACCAAAAUCAAACUCACAACUCUGCAUGCUUCUGUAAUUAGUACCUGAAUACAGACGACAGAAACAUGCUAACGCUAGAACUCCAGUUUUCUUUUACAGUUCGUAUGGAACUGCAUCAGUAAAGAAGGCUCUUUUUGUUGGGUGUUCCAGUAUUUUACAUUUGGUUGGUUUUGUAAAUACAAUUGUAGCUGAAACUAGACUAAAGUUGAAGUACCAUAGUUAGAAGUGCAGUAUUUCACUAAUUUUACAAUAGUUGUCAAAUAUAACAAUUGUUUGUUUACAUCAACUGGUAACUGAUGAAGUGGUUUGUAACUGUAUAAUGAAUAAUGUUAAAAUUCAGAUAAAAACAUUAAUAGUUUUAAACUCAUAACAUUUUCACAAUAAAGCAGUAUGAGGACAUUAAAGACACAAUUGCAUGUGCAAUUACUUUGUAUAACUGUUUCGUUUAUACAAGGUGUUUUUGUCCUAGUGUUUUUGCAGCCCAUACCUAAGUUUGCCCUCCAAUAAUUUCGAACGUAUAAAUAAAUAUAUAGUACAAAAUAAAAUGAGAAAUGGCUGCCAAAACAUAUACACUAGAUAUACAGACGUUGGUAUUCAAAACAAGAACAUGUAUUUAAUGUGUAAUUUUAGUUUACAAAUUAAUAAAACAAUACAAUUAUUUCAGUUUCUAUUCUAUGCUAUUCUUGUUUCUUCUAUUAUAUUAUCUUCUCUUCUCUUCUCUUCUAUUUUAUUACAUUUAAAACAUUUAGUCUAUUUUAGUUUUUCAUUUAAAUAUAACCAGUCAGGACAACAGUUUGUCUGUUCAAUAUACUUGUUUUACAUUUUUGAGGUGGGAGGGGGAGUCGUUGGGGUGGCUUGUUUUCGUGUUUUGUUUUUGUUUUUUAGACUUUUUUUUUAAAAUUAUGAAGAAUGAGCUGUAUGGUUACAAUUUAUUUUACUGUAUACUUUGCAUUCCCAGGUCAAUCUUGGAUCGAUCCCCGUCGGCCCAUGGAGCAUAAGUGGUAUAUCAAAGACAGUGUUAUGUGUCUGGGGGAUGGUACAUAUCAACGAUCCCUUGCUUCUAAUUGAAACAAUGUAAUCGGUUUUCUUUCCAGGACAAUAUAUCAAAAUUACCAUUAAUUAAAUUAAAUGCUUCAUACCCAAUAACCGAUGAUUAAUAAAUCGGUGGGUUCUACUGUUGCCGUUAAACCAAACAAAUUGUAACUGUGUAUUCCUAAAAACGAGUAAAAAGUGUUAUUCCUUGCGUUGCUUUCACGUAAGUUUAUUACAAAAUACCAAAACAAUACGUUAGAAUCUUUAUCCGAAAACAAGUAUGUCUCAUACUUGACGUGUAACAAAUUUGUUUAUGGCAAACACGAGUGGUUUCUCCUUCCAAGUAACAAAACAACUGAUAACUUAUAAAAUAUUGGAUACAAUUAUGUAACACUACCAAUUGCAUUCUAAUGGGUAUAUAUGAAGAAAUGGCACAAUAUAACACUAAUUGGUUAAUGAACAUUAGACAGGAACUGUGUUCACUUGGAUUAAACUAUAUUUCGAAUUUAUCGUACGUUUACGACAGUAUCUACAUUAUAAUCAAAGAAAGGAUAUUAGAUACUUUUAAGCAAUUAUGUUACAGCAAAACAAUGACAACGCCUAAAGGACUUUAGAUCGACAUGUAGUAAAUGAAUUUAGAUUACAAACAUAUUUAAGAUUGCCAAUGUAAACACGUUAUGUAAAAGAAAUAUGUAAGAUUAUGUGCUCUUAAAUUAAGAGUAGAAUCUGGCAGGUAUGGAAAAUAUCAAAAUAUCAGAAACAAUAUGUACUCUGUGUAAUGCUGAUGCUAUCAUCUAUGGAAAAUUAAUAUCACUUUAUAAUAGUGUCCUCAAUACAAAGAUUUGCGCUGUAAAUAUAUAAAAAUGUAUUGCUAUAAAAGCGGCCAAAUGUUUAUCGUUUUAUACAGUUAUUAACCACCGGUAACAAUAACGAAUUGAAUAACCUAGGCAAAUAUUUAGUGCAAGCAAAUACAAUACGAGAUCGGUUAAUGCAGAUUGAUAGUUAAUGUAAUAAAUGUAACUUAUAUCACUCUAUCUGUCUAUGAUUAUAUAUAAACCACAACCACCAUUGUUUUGCGCGUGUGUAUGUUGUAUAACUAUGUUGUAUUAUUUGUGUUAUGCAUUCAGCUGAUGAGUUGUAAAACUCAAGGCAAAAAAAAAAUUAAGAACUUCAUUUUAAUGUUUUCAGUACCUUCAUUAUACAGCAAAUAAGACCAAUUACGUCACCAUCCAAGACAACAUCAUAUGAAUUAUUUCACUAUUCGAGAGUCAACUCUUGCUCCUUUUUUAAUUUCACCCAAAACUAAUUUUGAUGCGGAAUUUUCAGUAUGCUUUAUGAAAUUGAGCUAUCAUUUAUUGAAAAUGAAAACAUGUAAUGUCAUCAUCUGGUAUUGCACAGUGUGCUAUUUUUCGUUUCAGCCAGUGCACCACGACUGGUAUAUCAAAGGCCGUGGUAUGUGCUAUCCUGUCUGUGGAAUGCUGCAUAUAAAAGAUCCCUUGCUACUAAUGGAAAAAUGUAGCAGGUUUCGUCCCUAAGACCAUAUGUCAACAUUACCAAAUGUCUGACAUCCAGUAGCCGAUAAUUAAUAAACCAUUGUGCUCUAGUGAUGUCAUUAAACAAAACAAACUUUUCAUCUGGUUUUUGACUACAAUUUGACAAACUAUUUUUAUGCAGUUAUAACUACUUUAUCUCAAGGUUAAGCUUUAACUUUUAGUAUUGGCCGUCACUGUAACGUGUCUGACUAAUUUACGCAUAUCCGCAUGCAUUUAUUCAGCUUUAUGUUUUCGAGUCAACGGUACAACUGUCUUGCUUAUAUAUAAACAUGCCAUACAGUCAGGUUUACCUAUUAAAUAUAGACAUGUCGUGUUCAUACUAUAUAUAUGAAUGAGCACACACAUACCACUACUAUUUUACAGUGAACAGUACUUCUACUUUCACAAAUUGCAAACUUGCAAUAUGUUUAAAUUAUCAUAUUACAUAAAAAUAACAUAAUUCAAGUUUUUAAACUAUAUAUCAAUGGUUGCAUGUCACUAUUUCACAUAUAUUCCAAAUGCGCAUUAAAAUUGAAGAAUUUCAUUACCUAUAUCAAUUGUUUACUUAAUAAUGAUAGUUAGAUGUGUCACGGUUGUGUAUUCAUUAGACAGACUUUAGAUGGUUUACGUUUUUUAUUGUUACACUGUGUGGGCUUAGUCCAGGAGCCAAGGUUUCAUUUACUCGUUCCUUCCGACUUGAAGUAAAUCAUUAAAUGCAGAAGGCUGACAGAAGUUCUUUGUUAGUGUGACAAGGACGUGGUUAAUAUUCAUAUUCAAUAUGAUACCUACAUGUACCCCAUGAAUAAACGUAUUCAAUAUGAUACCUACAUGUACCCCAUGAAUAAACGUAUUCAAUAUGAUACCUACAUGUACCCCAUGAAUAAACGUAUUCAAUAUGAUACCUACAUGUACCCCAUGAAUAAACGUAUUCAAUAUGAUACCUACAUGUACCCCAUGAAUAAACGUAUUCAAUAUGAUACCUACAUGUACCCCAUGAAUAAACGUAUUUUACAAGAUAUGCAGAUUUGUCUGGGUGUAACCUUGGUACACGUCUGGAAUAACGAACUGUAGUAAGCGCUACUCCCCCCCCAAAAAAAACAAAACAAAAAACAAACAAACAAACAAAUAAUAAUAAUAAUAAUAAUAAUAAUAAUAAUAAUAAAAUAAAUAAAUAAUCAAACCAAACAAACUAGACCCCACUCCAUCAUAAAUAACUAUCCCUAUCAUUAUUACCCCUAGACAACAUAACUCAGCAUAGCAACAUAACUAUCCCUAUCAUUAUUACCCCUAGACAACAUAGCUCAGUAUAGCAACAUAACUAUCCCUAUCAUUAUUACCCCUAGACAACAUAGCUCAGCAUAGCAACAUAACUAUCCCUAUCAUUAUUACCCCUAGACAACAUAGCUCAGUAUAGCAACAUAACUAUCCCUAUCAUUAUUACCCCUAGACAACAUAGCUCAGCAUAGCACAUAACUAUCCCUAUCAUUAUUACCCCUAGACAACAUAGCUCAGCAUAGCAACAUAACUAUCCCUACCAUUAUUACCCCUAAACAACAUAGCUCAGCAUAGCAACAUAACUAUCCCUAUCAUUAUUACCCCUAAACAACAUAGCUCAGCAUAGCAACAUAACUAUCCCUAUCAUUAUUACCCCUAGACAACAUAGCUCAGUAUAGCAACAUAACUAUCCCUAUCAUUAUUACCCCUAGACAACAUAGCUCAGCAUAGCACAUAACUAUCCCUAUCAUUAUUACCCCUAGACAACAUAGUUCAGGAUAGCAACAUAACUAUCCCUAUCAUUAUUACCCCUAGACAACAUAGCUCAGCAUAGCAACAUAACUAUCCCUACCAUUAUUACCCCUAAACAACAUAGCUCAGCAUAGCAACAUAACUAUCCCUAUCAUUAUUACCCCUAAACAACAUAGUUCAGGAUAGCAACAUAACUAUCCCUAUCAUUAUUACCCCUAAACAACAUAGAUCAGUAUAGCAACAUAACUACCCCUAUCAGUAUUACCCUUAGACAACAUAUAUCAGCAUAGCAACGCAACUGCCCAUAUCAUUAUCACCCCUAGACAACAUAGAUCAGCAAAGAAACAAUACUUAUGCCAUAAAUUCCGAUUCUCCAAAAAUAAGCCAUCAUUAUUACCCCUAAACAACAUAGCUCAGCAUAGCAACAUAACUAUCCCUAUCAUUACACCUAGACAACAUAGCUCAGUAUAGCAACAUAACUACACCUAUCAUUAUUACCCCUAGACAACAUAGUUCAGCAUAGCAACAUAACUAUCCCAAUUAUUAUCACCCCUAGACAACAUAGUUCAGCAUAGCAACAUAACUAUCCCUAUCAUUAUUACCCCUAGACAACACACCUCAGCAUAGCAACAUAACUACCUCUAUCAUUAUAACCCCUAGACAACAUAGCUCAGCAUAGCAACAUAACUGUCCCUAUCAUUACACCUAGACAACAUAGCUCAGCAUAACAACAUAACUACCCCUAUUAUUAUUACACCUAGACAACAUAGCUCAGUAUAGCAACAUAACUAUCCCUAUCAUUUAGACAACAUAGUUCAGCAUAGCAACAUAACUAUCCCUAUUAUUAUCACCACUAGACAACAUAGUUCAGCAUAGCAACAUAACUAUACCUAUCAUUAUUACCCCUAGACAACAUAGCUCAGCAUAGCAACAUAACUAUCCCUACCAUUAUUACCCCUAAACAACAUAGCUCAGCAUAGCAACAUAACUAUCCCUAUCAUUAUUACCCCUAAACAACAUAGUUCAGGAUAGCAACAUAACUAUCCCUAUCAUUAUUACCCCUAAACAACAUAGAUCAGUAUAGCAACAUAACUACCCCUAUCAGUAUUACCCUUAGACAACAUAUAUCAGCAUAGCAACGCAACUGCCCAUAUCAUUAUCACCCCUAGACAACAUAGAUCAGCAAAGAAACAAUACUUAUGCCAUAAAUUCCGAUUCUCCAAAAAUAAGCCAUCAUUAUUACCCCUAAACAACAUAGCUCAGCAUAGCAACAUAACUAUCCCUAUCAUUACACCUAGACAACAUAGCUCAGUAUAGCAACAUAACUACACCUAUCAUUAUUACCCCUAGACAACAUAGUUCAGCAUAGCAACAUAACUAUCCCAAUUAUUAUCACCCCUAGACAACAUAGUUCAGCAUAGCAACAUAACUAUCCCUAUCAUUAUUACCCCUAGACAACACACCUCAGCAUAGCAACAUAACUACCUCUAUCAUUAUAACCCCUAGACAACAUAGCUCAGCAUAGCAACAUAACUGUCCCUAUCAUUACACCUAGACAACAUAGCUCAGCAUAACAACAUAACUACCCCUAUUAUUAUUACACCUAGACAACAUAGCUCAGUAUAGCAACAUAACUAUCCCUAUCAUUUAGACAACAUAGUUCAGCAUAGCAACAUAACUAUCCCUAUUAUUAUCACCACUAGACAACAUAGUUCAGCAUAGCAACAUAACUAUCCCUAUCAUUAUUACCCCUAGACAACAUAGCUCAGCAUAGCAACAUAACUAUCCCUACCAUUAUUACCCCUAAACAACAUAGUUCAGCAUAGCAACAUAACUAUCCCUAUCAUUAUUACCCCUAGACAACAUAGCUCAGCAUAGCAACAUAACUAUCCCUACCAUUAUUACCCCUAAACAACAUAGCUCAGCAUAGCAACAUAACUAUCCCUAUCAUUAUUACCCCUAAACAACAUAGUUCAGGAUAGCAACAUAACUAUCCCUAUCAUUAUUACCCCUAAACAACAUAGAUCAGUAUAGCAACAUAACUACCCCUAUCAGUAUUACCCUUAGACAACAUAUAUCAGCAUAGCAACGCAACUGCCCAUAUCAUUAUCACCCCUAGACAACAUAGAUCAGCAAAGAAACAAUACUUAUGCCAUAAAUUCCGAUUCUCCAAAAAUAAGCCAUCAUUAUUACCCCUAAACAACAUAGUUCAGCAUAGCAACAUAACUAUCCCUAUCAUUACACCUAGACAACAUAGCUCAGUAUAGCAACAUAACUACACCUAUCAUUAUUACCCCUAGACAACAUAGUUCAGCAUAGCAACAUAACUAUCCCAAUUAUUAUCACCCCUAGACAACAUAGUUCAGCAUAGCAACAUAACUAUCCCUAUCAUUAUUACCCCUAGACAACACACCUCAGCAUAGCAACAUAACUACCUCUAUCAUUAUAACCCCUAGACAACAUAGCUCAGCAUAGCAACAUAACUGUCCCUAUCAUUACCCCUAGACAACAUAGUUCAGCAUAGCAACAUAACUAUCCCUAUUAUUAUCACCACUAGACAACAUAUCUCAGCAUAGCAACAUAACUAUCCCUAUCAUUAUUACCCCUAGACAACAUAGCUCAGCAUAGCAACAUAACUAUCCCUGUCAUUAUUACCCCUAGACAACAUAGCUCAGUAUAGCAACAUAACUACCCCUAUCAGUAUUACCCCUAGACAACAUAUCUCAGCAUAGCAACGCAACUGCCCAUAUCAUUAUCACCCCUAGACAACAUAGAUCAGCAAAGAAACAAUACUUAUGCCAUAAAUUCCGAUUCUCCAAAAAUAAGCCUAUGGCUCCUGGGCUAGCUCCAGUAUUUCACCUUUCAGUGUUUCUUUGACUAAAUAGUGUUCGUAUCUGUGUGUACGUAUUUUAAAAUAGUUACCAAACUAUGGUUACAUACCACUAUUUGGCAUACAUUCAACGUACACAUUAAAAUGAAAACUUUCAUUAUGUACAUCCAUUGUUUUCUUGAUGUAUAUAGCUAAAUGUGUCAUGAUUAUGCAUUCUUCAGACGAACUUUAGAUGGUUUACCUUUUUAUUGUUACAAUUUGUGUGCUUCGUCCGGGAGGCAAGGUUUCCUUUGAUAUUUGAUUUUUUUUUCUCUCUCUCUCUCUCAUUUCAUCCUACUUUUUAUGUUGUUGGGGGUUUUGGGGGUUUUUGGGUUGUUUUUUUUUUUUUUUUUUUGCAUAUCCCAUUUAGUUCAGAAAUGUAACAAAAGUGCUAUGUGGUUGUGACCAGGUACAGAUUAGUAAUCAUAAAAUGGUAUCGAAAUGAAUAAACGUUACCACAGGAAAAAUUAAUGUUUUUAAUAUGAGUACUUUAGAAAAUCUACGGUUUUUUUUUUAUAUUUGGGUGUAACCUUCGUGAAGAAAAAGGUUUAAUAUAUGAAAUUGCCCUAAAGUUGCAAAUGCCCCCAAUCACGAUGCGCUACCCAUAGACAACAAAGGAGCAAACUAAAAAUGUGUGGUAAAUCCAGCCCCCCCCCCCCCCCCCCCCCAAUCAGCCUAUCGCCCCCGGACAAGCUGCAGUAUGUUAUCGUUGAUAAACCCUUUAACUAAAUAAUGUUUUUAUCUUUUAUAUAGUUAUUUUAGUAAAAUUAUUAGAUUAGAUUAAAAUAAAAUAUGAUUAUUGUUGUUAAAUAUUGUUUUUGUUGUUUGGAUUUUAGCUUUUUUCUUGUUGUUGUUGAUUGAGGUGGGGGUGGGGGGGGGGCGGGUCAAGUUUCUUUAAAUGGUUUUGGGGGUUUGGACUGUCUAGAGUUUGUUGUCAUUAUAACCCUUCCAACUUUGGAAAUAUCUUCAGUGGCUAAAAUUAUUAAAUGCAUUGUCUUCUUUUGUAUAUUCAGUGUGUUUCUGAUCGUACUAAUGUGUAUCUCUCAAUAAGUACGCACACGGCAAAUAUAUAUUGGGAAAUAAAAUGAAGUUAAGCUAUAACAAAUCUUAGGACAAUUAGAAAUACAUUGAAUAUACAGACACUAAUGUUGGAAAUAAAAUGUAUUAAUAUGUCAGUUCAGUCGUCAACAAGGGUCCAAAACAUCGAAACCGUCUCUUCUGUAGUGUUUGCGUUUUUCAUAUUUAGAUAGUUUAAGAAACAAAGAUUAAAUUUUAAAUAGUUUACAGGAGAUAUGUCAGAAAUUUGCCAUUUUUGAAACUUUUGUUUUUAAUUUUUUUUUAAAUAAAAAUAAAAAUAACAGAUAUACAUUAUCACUGAAACUGUCAAAGUAUACAUUGUUCUAGAGUUUAUAAAAUAUAUUUCUGAAACUCAGAACAAUCAUUCCCAAGGUCAGUCUUCACAAACUAGUGAAGAGACAUUUUCGAAAUUAUGAAUUUAUUAUUUAUGUAUUUAUUAAAUUGUAAACAAUUCUGUCCAGAUUUGAGAGUCUAUUUUCCCUAUAGGUUUGAAAUUUGGUACAAUAAUCCUCUGGGGAAAUCGCCACAAACUAAUAGCGAGACAAUAAAUAUAUAUAUAUUUAUUUAUUUAUUAAAUACGUUUUAUUGAAAAUUAGAUAGUCUUCACCUUGACCUUCACCUUGUAUUUUGAUCAGGUAGCUAUGAAACUUAACACUGCGAUUCUCUUACAAUAUCAACAAACUAACAGAGAUAUAUUUUGGAAAUGUCUUAUUUUAAUAUGUCUCCAAUCAAUUAUUAUCUACUAGCAAGACAUUUGAAAAUUAAACAGUGGAGCUCUCAAGACUGACAAACCUUUUGUUGUUUAUUUAAAUAAGCAAUUCAACUUAAUGAUUAGCUUUUGAUUAAAAUGGUUUACAAUUGUUACAUGUUGUUUUAGCUUGUGUGUUCCAGUCUGUUACUUCUUGUUUCUUCAAAUAAAUUCCAAACUUCA